AAAAUGAUUAAAGACGUCAAUAUUAAAAAUUGUCAAUUCACAGGCGUUAAACCACUAUUAACAAUUAAAAUUUAGAAUUAAUUUGGUUAUGGAAUUUACUAUGAGACUAAGAAAAAUACCUUCGAGGACAAAAAAUGACGAAAUUAUUGCGACAAAUAAACCAAUUAAAAAGAGAAAGAAAAGUGCCAACUUUAUGUGUAAAAGUGGUAUAUCUGCAACACUUUCGAUGAAUGUAUUCGCCUUUCCAUUAGUAUGGUCAGAAUUAAGGAUGAAGUCUCAACUUUGUGAUGGUGUAGUGAAAUGUAGUGAUGGAGUUGAAUUCAAAAUCCACCGUGCAAUUUUAGCGGCUGCAAGCCCAUAUUUUAAAGCAUUAUUUACGAAUUCUAUAAACAGAGAUAAUAAAGAAGCAACGGAAGCUACGAUCAGUAUACCAAGUAAUAUGUUUCAGACAAUUUUAGAUUUCGCAUACACCGGUAGCUGUAACAUCAACCAAACUAACGUUAAAGAAUUAUUAAAAUACGCCGAUCAAUAUCAGAUACUGGACGUUGUCCAUUUAUGUUGCAAUUUUUUAAUGGAUGAACUGAAUUCUGCCAAUUGCUUGGAAAUACUCCAAUUUGCCAAUCAGUAUUUUUGUAAGGAUUUAAUUGAAAGAGGAAAACUAUAUAUUAGACAUAAUUUUUUAGAACUCCUUAAAGAGGGUAGUGCAUUCCAAAAUAUAUCUUCGCAACAUCUAGAAGAAGUACUAAAAGAUGAUGAGCUCAACGUUAGAUCUGAGGAAACGGUGUUUGAAGCUAUAAAAAUAUGGAUCAGUUAUGCACCUGUUAAAAGGAAAGCAUUUUUAUAUGAAUUAAUCAAAACUAUGAGGUUGGGAACUUUGAGGUACGAUAACGUGCAGGAUAUCGCAAGAUGGCAUUUAAUAGAUGAAGACAUCCAAUGUAAAGAGUACUUUCAAGAUGUUUUAACAGUCCUAAGCGGCCUUACUGAUGUGGAUUAUAUCGAUUAUAUUGACAAUUAUCUCUUUAGGCCUAGAACACCUUUUGAAAUAGUAUUUGCUGUAGGUGGUUGGAGUGCGGGUAGUCCUACAAGUUAUUUGGAAACAUAUGACAGUAGAGCAGAUAAAUGGUUAUUUUGUUCCAAUACAGAUACCUCCCCUAGGGCUUAUCACGGCCUUUGUAAUCUAAAUGGAUUAAUUUAUAUGAUAGGUGGUUUCGAUGGUAAUGAAUAUUUUAAUUCAGUAAGAUGUUUCGAUCCCGUGAAACAUGAAUGGAGCCAACGGUCUUGUAUGCAUUAUCCUCGUUGUUACGUGAGUGUGGUUGUAUAUCAAGGUGAAAUUUAUGCAAUGGGUGGUUAUAAUGGAAGAACAAGAAUGAACUCCGCAGAAAAAUACGAUCCGGAAAAGAAUCAGUGGGAGUUGAUAAGUCCUAUGCAAAAACAGAGGUCGGAUGCAAGUGCAGCCGUUGUACAGGAUAAAAUUUAUAUAGUAGGAGGAUUUAAUGGACAGGAAGUGAUGAGUUCAGCUGAAGUUUACGAUACAACAACCCGACAAUGGUCUUUCAUAGCUCAUAUGAAUUCGGCGAGAUCAGGUGUAUCAUUGAUAGCUUUCGAUAAAACUUUGUACGCUAUCGGUGGAUUCAAUGGUUAUACUAGAUUAGCCAGCGGAGAGAAGUACACACCAGACGAUUCAGAUGGUUGGUCACCGAUUGCCGAAAUGUUGACACCAAGAAGUAAUUUCGCGUCUGUAAUUUUGGAAGGUUACGUUGUGGUUAUUGGAGGAUUCAAUGAUAGAUUUGUCUCAGGUUAGUAAGGUUCAACUACCAUCAACUUUGUAGAAUACUACGAUACGGAAUCGAACGAAUGGUUCGAUGCAGCCUCUAUGAACGUCAGUAGAUCGGCUUUAAGUGCCUGCGUCGUACAAGGUUUACCCAAUGCAAUAGAUUACACUGUCUUGCGACAAGACUCAACGUCAUUUGAUUCUGAAACUGACUGUUGAAAUGGAAGACGGAAUUUUGCCUAAUCAACGUGGUCUACGCCUUUUUAUAUAUACUCUUCUUCUACUCGUUUAUUUCUGAUGGUGAAAUUUUGUCAUUGUUGAGAAUAAAGUAAUUUGAAGUU